CUUGCACCAUAACGUCAUAAACAUUUACUUAAUGUCAUAUGAAGACACGAUCGUCACUACUCUCAGGUGAAAUGUGGUUGUGAAUGAAGGUGGGGACGAGAUUCUCAAAAUUCAUUGUGGGAGUUGGGAGAGGGAUCGAGUCGACUACUAACACAUAUUGAGAAGUCGGCUGGGUCCACGGUUUGGGGACAAACCGCGGUCUAGACUAGACGAGACCAAGAGUUCUAAACAUCAUAUAAUACAGACCAUGGAGAUGGAGCAGAUCAAACCAUACUUAACGGUCUACGGUUCGGAUCAAAUUAUACGAUCCGGACCAUGGUUUUUCAAACCGUCUGGUCUAUUUUCUCAGGGUAUGGGAAUUGCAUCCAUUUAUAAAUAAGAAAAAAAAGUCCUUCCAUGCAACUGAUAAUUUCUACUCUCCCCGACCUCUCAACUUCACUCUCGCCCUGUGUUCGCCGCCGCAGCUUCCAAUCUGCCAUUGUCAGUCGCCUCCUCGGCUCGCUAUUUACUGCCGUCGCAGCUUACUUCUCCGCUGGUGAGAUCUCCGUUCCUUCUUUACCUCCUGUUGGCUUCAUUUUGUGCGGUCCAUCUGUUCUUCCUAUCUAUUUCGCACCUUACUUUGAACCGAUGAAUUGGUGAAUCGAUAUCAAUCGACUCUGUUCCUGCCUUCCGUUGCAUGCUUAGACCCAACAUUAUUUGAAAGAUUGAGAUUAGGUCCUGUUAAAUUUCAGAGUUUAUGUUGAACCCUAGAUUCGGCUAUUGAUCCCUGACCUAGUAAUCUUGCCUGAGUUUUGAAUGCUGAUUUAGUCUGGAAACCCUUAAGAAUCCUGUAGAUGAUUCAGUUCUAGUGAUCUGAAUGCCAAUAAAUUAACUGUGGUGUACAGUUCCUGGAAGAGGAAGUGAGGAGAGGGGUUUAUUAUGGCGGCAGCAGCUGGAGAUGUUGACAGAUUAAGCGAUCUUCCGGACAACAUUCUGCAUCACAUUCUCUCCUUCCUCGACACCUUGUCCAUCGUCGAGACCAGCGUCCUGGCCAGGAGGUGGAGGAGCUUGUGGAAAGAUGUUCCCGUCUUAAAUAUCUGGAGAAAGUACCGCAAUUCGUCAACCUUUUCUUUCAAGGAACACAUAAGCAAGCUUCUGUCUCUCCGAUCCCACCAUGUUGCUGUGGCAGAGGUGAACUUCGACUACUGUCGUUGGGGAGCGACAUUAUCAGAAAAAUUCGAAAUGUUUGAUAGUGUUAUGAAAAAUGCUGCCUCCCAAUCCCAAGGUAAUGGUGGUGGAAGUCAUCUUCAUCGUUUGUCAAUUGUCAGUCCUUCUACCAUUGACUUCACUGACAUGGCUGCCUCCAUCGUUGCGAAUCAUCACCAUGAUUCACUCAAGACGCUUAAGCUGAUGAGGAUGAAUCUUGUAUCAGCACCGACUUCAGGGUUUAAGUCCCUGACAGCUCUGGAACUGUUUGACUGCUGCCUUGGUCCCAAUACUUUUGCUAACUUCCCUGGUUUGAGAUACCUAAAGCUACAGGGUUGCAUCUCCAGGAACUUGAAAGUGUCAGGACUGGAGCUCGUGCACCUGGAAAUUCGAGAGGCACAUGGUUCAUCUAUCAGGUCUAUGGAAGUUUCUGCUCCAAAGCUCAGAUCUUUCUUUUUCCGGGGUACUGAUCCUCGUCGUAAAUGGUCGCCAGUGCUGAACCUUCCUGCCCUGGAUCAUGCAAACGUCCAUGUUCUUUGGUUUAACUCGACCAACGGUUUUGGUUAUACGAAAGAAGAAGCUGAUCGUGCAUGCCUAAAGCUGUUGAGUGGUUUGCAUAAUGCUGAAUCGCUCAUCCUCUGCUUCGACAACUACAAUUAUAAGGAAGAUACGGACAAGAACUCUCCUCUUACCGAACUGAACUCAUCGCUAACGGAGCAUGAAGUAUCUCCCUUCACAAGAUUGAAGACCUUGAGGGUGCGGUACCGAAAAGGAUCACCAACACAAACCAUACCUUACCGAGUGAUUCGCUACUUCAUGGAUGGCUCUCCUAAUUCAGUAGACAAAUCUUUUGGGAUCGAGAAGAUUGAGGAGAAGAUGUGAUUGAUCUUCAAUGUUUGUUGCCGUUACUUCUGUCCAUAUUGCUCGAAAUGUGUCUGGUUAGCGUGAAUUUUGCGAACUUUUUCAUGUUCAUUCAAAUGUGUUCUGAUCCUCGAAAGCAGACUUUCACCGAGUAGUUAUCUCGAUCUCUCUUUGAUCUAUCACUCGAAAUCUGUCCAUCAUGCUGCUGUUGCAGAGUUUAACUUCAGCUACUAUACGGAUGGGGAGAAACCACAUUAUUAGAACUAUUCGAUCGAUUCAGUCGUUGCACCCUGUACUUAACUGGCAUGGCUGCCUCCAUUGUUGCUAAUCAUCACCAUGAUUCACUCAAGACGCUUAAGCUGACAAGGGUGAGGCUUUUAACAGCACCAACUUUGGAAUUUGAGUCGCUGGCAACUCUGGACACGGAUCUGGAUUAUUGGGAGGAUCGACACAAGCUGCCGAGAGCUAUAGGCGAUUGAAGAGUUUGGGGUAUAGCCUUUUAGAUUUAGGGUCUCGAUUCGAUAUAACAUGAAUAGUUUUUAAUUAUUUUUAAUUUUCCGUUUUCUUUUCUAAUGCACAAUUCAAUGAUUUUCAUGAUAUUCAAUACCCUAUUUUCACUUUAGUGACACUCUUCUUUCAAAUUCUCAUAUUUUAGCGGUAUAUGAUGUAUUUCUCCCUUCUUUUACCUUUUUGCUGGCUUGAUUGCCUUGUCUAGCUAACUUACCAAAAAAGUCAACUUGUCACUUGUCAUGAAGUGAUCAGCCGUCUCUCAUAGCCAAAGUAUAUAAGUGAUAUAACUAUACAUAAUUAAUUGCCGACCUUCUUUGAUUAGUUAAUGAUUCGUCAAAUGGCCUAAUCACAAAUGGUACGAAGGAUUAGGGCUGGGAAACGGUGCGGUCUGGUACAGACCAGUCCAUAUAUACGGUCUAUGGUCCAGAUCGAAAGGCUGAAGUAUAGACCACAGACCAGACCAUAGACUAUACGGUCUAGUCCAGACCACGCCUGUGCGGUCUGGUUCGGUCUGGUCUGGUCCAGAUAGACCACACUCAACGAAAAAUGAAUAAUUUGUUUAGUCUACCACACAAAAAUUGAACCAAUACCAAGAGAAAUAACUGUUAUGGAGACAUAAUGUAACAAAGAUAGAAAGUAAAAGCAUCCCAACUUGUAGCAUAACGUCAUAAACAUUAACAUAAUGUCAUAUGGAGACACAAUUAUCUCUACUCUCUGAUUAAAUGUGGUUGUGAAUGAAGGAGGGACGUGAUUCACAAAACUAAGGUUGAUACUUGGGUGUUGUUGUGGGAGUUGGGAGAGUGGUCGAAUGAGCUGUUAACACGUAUUGACAAGUUGGUUGGGUCCACGGUUUAGUCCGGUAAACCGCGGUCUAGACCAGACCAGACCAAAAGAUCAAAACAUAAAAUAAUACAGACCGUGGACCAGACCAGACCAUACUUAACGGUCUACGGUCCGGACCAAACUGUGCGAUACGGUUUGGACCAUGGUUUUUCUAACGGUAUGGUCUAUUUUCCCGCCCUACGAAGGAUAAACGGCCACGUACGUAGCGCGUAGAAGCCUAAUGUUAUGUUGAAAAGAAAAGUUGGGCAUGCAUGGCUUAAGGACGUGGCAAUAUAAUUAAAUUUGCACAUGCAUGCAAACGCCACAAUCAAGUUAGGUUUGCUGGAAAUGACCACAUCACCCCCUCAAACCUAAACAUAAAAACAAUAUUAUUGUUUGUCCACAACAAAUGACCAUCCCAAAACUAUGUUCCAAUUCAACCAAUCUAGUUUGCUUGGGAUGCAAGAAUGUGGAGGAGCUUUCUAGGGAAAAGAGAUUAAUGAAAUUCAUGUGUUUGA